GCUCACGUACAGCACGUGCGGAGUUGUACAAUUUUAACUGCUGUGUCCUGCACGUUGACAUUGGGAUUGAAAUCCGACCCAAGAGGGCUUCUGUGUGUGCGGAAACCGCUAUAGACGGGGCAGGAUGGGAGCUUCAUGGUCCACGUCUGGAUCUAAUACGGUCAAAGCAGAGGCCAUGGUCUCUACUCGGGGCUGUCCAGUGCAAGAGGAAGCUCAGCCUGUCAAAGAGUGCCCUGUGCAUCAUGCUCAGCCUGCUACAGCGUCUUCCCCUUCAGGAUGUCCCAUGCAUCAAGCUCAGCCUGCCAAAGUUUCUCCUGCAGGUCCAGUCCACCAGGAUCGGGCGUAUGACUUUGUGGAGUGUCCCAUGAGAGCUGCAGCAGGCGUGAAGAGUGACAUUGAUCCGACAAAUAUGAUGCCUCCUCCCAACCAAAUGCCAGCUCCGGAUCAGCCCUUUGAUCUUUCCAUCAAAAGAGAGGAGUCCACGAUUCCCCGUCACGGCACAGAGAAGAACUGGGUUUAUCCGUCUGAACAGAUGUUCUGGAACGCUAUGCUGCGGAAGGGGUGGCGCUGGCGAGAUGAUGACCUCGAUAAAGGAGACAUGACCAACAUCAUUAAAAUCCACAAUCAGAACAACGAGCAGGCUUGGCAAGAGAUCCUGAAGUGGGAGGCACUGCAUGCAUAUGAAUGUCCAUGUGGGCCGACUUUGAAGAGAUUCAGUGGGAAGGCCAAAGAGUACUCCCCCAGGGCCCGCUUUCGCCACUGGAUGGGCUAUGAGCUGCCAUUUGACCGACAUGACUGGAUAGUUGACCGCUGUGGGAAGGAGGUGCGCUACGUCAUCGACUAUUAUGAUGGAGAAAUCGACAAAGACACCUACCAGUUCUCCAUCCUGGAUGUACGGCCUGCUUUUGAUUCUUUAGAUGCUGUGUGGGACCGCAUGAAGGUGGCCUGGUGGCGCUGGACCUCCUAAAGGACUCCAAAUCAUACUUGAGUCAAAUAUACAAAACUGUCAUUGUCCAUUUCAGCUCUUUGCAACUUGUGUGAUGCUGAAAAAAGAAAUGAAUGAAUGAAGCCCAUUAAAACAUGAUAUGCAUCAAAAGAAAGUAGAAGGGUUUGUCCAGCAGGUCAUACUACACUCACUGUGUCUAUGACAAUCUGUUCACUUGAGCUCGAGUUGCGUUCUCGCAGCUCUCUGACUGUGACUGAACUGAUUGGAAGCACGACUCACCCAGCAGUACAGGCCUGAUGUUAGAAAACACACAAAAUCAGUGGGGACAUUCAGACCAGCUUUGAAACCUGCUGAUCUUCCUUUAGUAGCUAACCUUACAACAUUAAUCAAUCAGGAUUGUAAACUGAGUGGGUUCUUAUAUUUUAAUAUUUCCACCUCCUCAAACUUUCUGAGUGGCUUUCAGCCAUUUAUAAAACAUA